AUGCCAGUGGCGAUGCCAGUUGUAUGCGAAGUCUCGGUGGAUGUGGUGACUGUCCCUGAAAUAGACAUCCGAGCAGCUUGUAAUGACACGGUACAAACUGAGACCCUGACGAUGUCAGUCGUAUGCGAAGUCUCGGUGGAUGUGGCGACUGUCCCUGAAAUGGACAUCCGAGCAGAGUGUGAUGAGACAUCUGCGGUACAAGCUGAGAUCGUGACGAUGCCAAUCGUUAAUGCGGGCCAGCCGGACACGGUUCAGGACUCAGGUAAUAACCGGAAAAACGGUAAAUCAAAGAUUCCGUUCGUUUUGGUCCCGCAUUAA